AUGAACUUCAGUCCAAUUAGAAGCAUUGUCCACAACGAAGGAUGUGACCUUCACUACUGGUAUCAAGGUUCCGGUCCUCUCAUCAUCUUCAUCCCCGGUGGAAACGGCCACGGAAUGCAGUUCAACAACAUAAUAGCCGCCCUCUCAGACCGCUUCACCUGCGCGACCUUCGAUCGUCGCCAAAUGUCAGCAAGUCAAGUCCCCGUCAAUAAGCGCCUAAGCCCUCCCCAACAAGCUCGCGAUAUCCGCGCUGUCAUCCAGGCUGUUGGUUUCGAUAAAGCUAUUCUCUUCGGUAGCAGUUCCGGUGGUAUAUUCGCAUACCAAUUCGCCCAUGACUUUCCCGAAAUGGUCGUUCACUUGAUCGCUCAUGAAGCCGGUCUUGCAAUGCUUCUACCAGACGCAACGCAGAUUCUUGAGUGGAUGUACGGUCUUCUAGACCUUUUUGAAACUCAGGGCCAAGAAGCUGCGGCGAAUGAGUUUGAGAAAUGCCUCAUUGGGUAUGAUGAUGAGGGUGUUCCCAAAGCUGGACCGCCCGACCCAAGAAAUCAGAAGAAUUUUUGGGAAUAUGAAUGGGCGCCGUUGGUUGGAUACUGUCCUAAUAUGUUUCGGAUUAAGGAGCACGGUGUCAGUGUUGGUGUGAUGAGAGGCGUACGAUGUAAAGAUGCUUUCUACGCUAGAGCGAUUGAGGAACAGGCCAAGAUCUUGGAGUGCCCUAGGAUGACGGUGCCUGGGCAUCACGAGGGGUUUCGAUGUGAGACGGAAGAGUUUCUCCCGUCACUAUUGGAAAUGCUUGAUAUUCUGGAGAAGAGAAAGUAG